AUGAAGGAAGUGGAACGAUCGAGACAAAUGGAAGAUCCCCGUGAAGCGUGCGACGUUUCAUCAGGAGAGAAGAGGUAUUCGACCAAUCAAACAACGCGGAGAAAGAGGUCGAAACGAAAGUGUUCUUCAUUGUCCUACGUUGAGGCAAUAUCCUACGCUAUUCUCCACUCACCACUAAAACGAGUCACGUUGUCUGAGAUCUACGAAUUCAUCCAGAACAACUAUCCUAGUUUUACCCAGAAUAGAGUACGCUGGAAGAACACUGUCCGCCAUAAUCUGUCACGUCACGAAUGCUUUCAGCGAGGAGAGAUCGCGAUGCACAAGGCUAGAUGUUACUGGUGGAUCCAUCCCAGCUUUUUGGCAGAGUUUAGCCAUGGAGAUUUUUCAAGACGUAAAUUGCGGCCGAAUCCUCCUUUGAGCCAGGAAGGUACGGGCAAUUUGGUUCAUAACCACUCUACUAUUCAAAGUCCAUUCUUCCCCGGCUAUACUUAUAACUCAAACCCGCCAUUUCCAGUUCAAUCCUUUGGAUCGCUGCAUUUUAACCAGGGAGGCAUUCCCACAGUUUACGAUCAACAUUUCUGUUUACCCUGGCAUCACUGCAUUCUCAACGGGACACCGUUUAGUUAA